AUGACUGCGCCCAAGACCUUUUUCAUCACCGGCGCCAACCGAGGCAUCGGCAAGGGCUUCACCGAGAAGCUCCUCCUGCGACCCGGAGUCACCGUUAUAGCUACAGCUAGAGACCCCGCAAAGGCGGCCUCGCUCCACUCGCUGUCCAAGGGCAAAGGCAGCAAGCUCAUCGUCCUCAAGCUCGACUCCCAGGUCGACGCUGAUCCCGCCGCGGCCGUUGCGCAGCUCCAGCAGGAUCACCGCAUUAACUCCCUCGACGUCGUCAUUGCCAACGCCGGCAUCGCCCACUCGGGCACCACCGUCUCCAAGACGACUCCCGAGUCGCUCCGAGACCACUUCAACACCAACUCCAUCGGCCCCGUGACGCUAUUCCAGGCCGUCUCUCCCCUGCUUCAGGCCAGCUCGACCGACAACCCCAUCUUCUUCCCCAUCUCGACCCUGAUCGGCAGCAUCGGCAGCCAGGAGGCUCUCGCCGCCUUACCCCAGGCCUUCAGCCCCUACGGCGCCAGCAAGACGGCCAUCAACUGGCUCGUCUCCCGCCUUCACUUUGAGGAGCCCUGGCUCACCACCUAUACGGUGCACCCCGGCGUGGUUCUGACCGACAUGGCCACCUCAUUCAUGCCUCCCGGCAUUGACCCAGCCUCUGUUGGCGCCAUCGACGUCGAAACUAGUGUUACUGGUCUCUUGAAGUUGGUCGACACUGCCACCCGGGCUGAGUUUGGCGGAAAGUUCAAGAACUAUGACGGCACCCCGCUUCCGUGGUAAUUGCCUAGCACACAAU